CGCAAAACCAGCAUUGUUAAUUAUAGUCUAGAACUUUGGUCAAUUGUUGGCAUUAUUCUGUUCCUUUUUUAUGGCUUCUCAGUCGUCGGAUAAUGCGCAAUGGGAGUUUGAUGCGCCUAAAUAUUGGGAUUUCUCGAAACCGGAUUCGGUGAAUGCGCUCAGUGACUCGUGGUUUGCCAAUGGACAAAAUGUGCGUGUGCAAGCAGAGAGUAGCCGAUCAAGAGAGUCGUUGCACAAGACACAGCAGCGAAAAAACGUUCUUGCACGACUGACAAAAGACACCAUAUCCUCUCUCAACCGCCACAACCUCAACCGAGCACGACAAAUUGGCGCUUCAAAUCAACCAGCCAACCCACCAAAAAGGCAAUCCUACAUUUCUACUUCUAUAUCAUCAAAAUACGCGGCUCCAAAAGAGAAAGCCAAAGCCCCAUUGCACUCAGAUCCAACCGAUACUGCGCAUAUCAAAACACCCUCUAGGCAGUCGAUCGUCUCCGAAUCGAAUCAUUUGUCACCUGCAAGACAUACCCUCACUCCCACUCGCGAACAACAUACCCAAUCUCCCAGACAUCGUGCCAGUGGGUCCAACCGCCGGAGUACAUACUCGUACUCUGCGUUGGAUACACCAAGCCCGUCCGCGCCCAAACCGUUUUCGGAUCCGCAGAAACAGUUUGCUCCGGUCAAGACUGCCGAAGUGGAUAGUGUCAUUGCGAGGUUGGACAAGAUACGGCAGCAGUUGGCGCAUGUGGCGAAAAAUUCAGGGAUCAAGCCGAUCGAAUCUCAACUGACGCGGAAUAAGUGGCUCGAUACACCAAUGGAUGAGUUAGCAAAAAAGAACGGAUCGCUUUCUCCCAACUUCAACAGCAGUUCAGUCGAUGACCGAAUUCGUCGAGCCAGACGAGUCCUUGAAGAAUCCAAACGAAAAAGCCAGCAAUGGCUGCAAACACACACCCUUCCGGAAACGUCAGCGAGUACUUUCACGCCCUCGGUUCCUGUGCCCACCAAUCUACCAUCCCAUUCACGUCUCUUUGAUUACAGUCGACGAAACGAUCACUUGUUGGAGAAAUCCCAAGGUGGAAUCCAGAAACCAUCUGUUCGCCGAAUAUCCUUAUUGAGUACUUCAUCCAAAUCAGCACUCCUUCUGGGAGAUGACGACGAACCCCUCACUAUCAGACAACGUAUUGAAAAACUACACAAUGCUAUGCAAUCCACCAACAACAGACGUGAAUCCAAGCGAUUUAAAUCCCCUUAUCUACCCGUCGCACUCACCGUGCCAAAAAGCCCCAACUUUGCUACCGACGAUCGACUGAAAGCAUCUCGAUGAAAAACCCUCAUGGCAAACGGAUACUCCCUGUUUUUCCAUCCAUUUUCACUCUUUUCAGUUUAUGAACCAAAAUAAAUUUACCUUUUAAUUGAGAUACUCUCUAUCU